AUGGUAAUCCACCGCGACAUUGCAGAGGCCCUUCAGAGGGCCGCGAAGCGGCGUCACCGAGACACUGCGCUGCGCAAGGAAGCACAGAAGAAUGCGCUGGUGGCCGAGGACUACCAUACCCUACAGAGGCAGUUGAACAGCACCCAGUUCAUCCAGCCGCUCGAUGCAGCCACGACCAAGUCGAACAUUUACUAUAUCAAGAAAAGAUUCAUUAGAUUUUGCCAUGCGAACAAACACGGCGACUGGCGCAAGGCGCUGCGACCGCAGCACUGCGACAAAGGCUUCAUCAUGACCUUCCUUCACUGGAUAUGCGAAACAUACCUGCAACCGAGACGCAAGAGGUCGAAGAAGAAGAGCGUCAAUCAGUACUGGCGCGAUUUCAAAAUGCUCUACCGCCGUUGUAACGACGGCAAGAUUGUCAACCCAAACCAUUGCGAGGAAAUCAGAAAGUUCAACCUAGAUGACGAACCUGGAUCUAAGCCCGUUCUGAGCGUGGACGAUCUGCUUCUCGGCCUCACGCAUCAUUGGUCGCGCGACCGGAGUGUGUUCCCUACUGAGGAUGACCGCCUGGAUGUUGCAGCCAUUAUGCUCUUUCAGGCAUACACGGCAUGCCGGCCCGCGGAGCUUGUCGAUGGAACGAAACGAAGAGGGACUGGAGACCCGUUGUUGGAUGACUCAGGUGUGGAAGAUACGUCGAGCAGCAAGGCUGCGGAGAAUUGCGCAGUGCGAGGUGGCAGGCGGCAACAACGCAAAUCGGCCUCCGCCACCGGCAGAAUGAGCCGGCAGCGAAACUCAACCCGCAGAUCAGGCCCUGCGUCCGAGUCUGACUCUGAUUCCGAUGAUUUUACUCUUGACAGCGGGGACGAAAGCGACGACGGGGAAAUCGACACCCACCAGGACGAUACGAGCGACACGGAGUACAGCGAUGAUGGUGAAGAAGACAUCGACAUGCUUCAGACAGAACCAAAGCCUGACCAGCUAGCUGGCAAUGCUAAGCAGGACGAGGAUCAAGAGGCGAUUCGGCUGCAUAAAGCAUUAUGCUAUGAAGACAUCGUCCUCUGGGUCGUCAGGGACCCGAAUGGUGGGGGCCGCGACGUACUGGCCAUGGAGGUGUUCUUUCGCCACCAUAAAGGCGCAGAGAAGAAGCCCAAACCGACUAUUUUUCUAUUUCGCGAGAACCCGCUACCCAUUCUCUGCCCUAUCAGCCAUAUCUUGGCACGGGCGAUUCGCGACGACGCAGUGGACGUCGGCGGCUUCUCUCACGCGGCACCCUUUUUUUCAACGAAGAUUGGGAAGCCGGCCACGAAAGUGUACUGGAAGACAUCGAUGCUAAAGACUCCUGUUUUCCGACGAUCGGUACGAACCACGGCCGGGAGCUGGGAGAAGUCUACAUCGAACCCCAUGAAGUACUCCGCCUACGCGUUCUACCUUGACAGAAUCGGAUCGGAUUUGGGUUCUGAGGACAAAUGGACGUCGUGCGACAUGACCAAAGUAUACCAGGAAGAGUACCGUCGACGGAUGCACAACGAAGAGUUGGAGAGGCAAUUGAAUGGCAUGGCUAUCGAAGAGAAAACGGAGCCUGCCGUGGAGCAUCAGCUGCCAGAGCGCUCAAGCUUGCAGAAUAUUCUCUGCGACUUUAGUACGGAUAUGAGUCUCGAGGAUAUAACAGCCCGCAAAAUCAGAGCUAUCGAUAUUAUGGUUCGCCUCGCCACCUGCCGAGAAGUACGUCAGCCUCGAUCGGGGCCUUCUCAAGAGGCAAGCAGAGAAUCCUCUCCUGGGGUGGCUGAGUCCAAACUAGUUCUCAAGCCCGAAGCAUUCGAAAAUUGUCCGCUCCUGCUAGGCAAAACGCAAUGCAUCUACUGUGUGGGGGAUGAGCGACUGACUCAUGCAGCUCGAAUGAGAAAGUUCAAGCGUGUUUCCCACAUGAUGGACCAUGUCGAGAACGUUCAUCUGCGGCACGAGAAGGGCAAUGCGAGGUUUGUGUGCCGCCACCCCGAAUGCCAGCAUCUCGGUGAUUUCCUGACAAGCUUGGAUCACUUCAAAAACCACGUUCAAACCGUGCAUGGCGUAAAACUUCGCGAGUAA